AUGUGCUUAUGGGGAGCAAAUUUUUCUGUUCCUUACCCAUCAAGUUAUGCCAUAGGCUUUAUUAUAGGUAUCACAGCAGCCUAUGGGUGUGGAACCAACAAAAAAUAUAACAACGGAAUGUGGGUUGUGCAAGGAGCCCAGUUAUCGUUGUUGCCCAAUUUGCCAUCAAAUGAAGAUGAAAAUGAGAAUGAAAAUGGAUUCUCGUUGCCGGACAGACCCUUAGCGGUGUCCCUCGUAAAAGCCUGCUUCGUUACUCCAGCAUCGUCACCUGAAGUUGGCAAUCUUCAAACCGGAGUCCCGACAGGUGUUCGCGUGGAUGCCCACUCUGAACCGAUCAAGGCCAAUAGCCCUUUAGAUAAGACUCGUAUUACUAAAGAUGUCUGGACAUCUACUAGAAACACUCUAGACCGACUCUUCUCAGACAGGCUCCAUCCGGACUGCGCGUUCGUCUUUAUUGAACGAGUCCACUUCGAGUCCACCCAUGGUGGCACUGGCAGGAUGAAUCCACUGUUUGAGGAUAACAGAGAGGCCCCUCUUCGGUAUCGCAAUAACCAAAGGCGGUCCAAAUUCAAUGAAGGUGCCGUCGAGUGCGGUGUCAUUCUGCCAACUCCCGGAGUCACCGUAAACAGGACAUGCUAUCAACAUUUUCAAGCCCGCUUGAAGUCGGUCGCGGCACACUUGAUUGACAGCCCAUCUUAG